UUCCCGCUUCAUCAACGAAUAAACAAUGACGUCCUAACCUAAAAAAUUUAUGUACUCGUGUACAGAGUAAAUUUAGAUUGACAGCAGCAAUAUUUAUAUAUAUUUUUAAGUCAAGAUGAGUUCCCUGGUGAUGGAUGUCUUGCUGACAGAUUCAACAGGCAAGAUGAAUGCCGUUGAGCUGAAGAAAAAAGUAAAUGAUAUAGAAAAGGAAAUAGUUAAAUUAAAAAGUGACGUUAAAGAAUUUAUUGAAGAUAAUUACAUAAAUUUUUUACCUACACUGCAGAAUGAUUAUGUUUUGGUUGAAAAAAGUAGGAAACUUAUUGAGGAUAUGAAGAUGCUAAAGUCCAAAAUCGAUGAUCAGAUAAAAGUGGAGCUGUCUGGAUCAAUAAAAGAGUUGAAAAAUCUCUCCCAAGCUCUGAUUGCCUGUAACUCAAGUUUGUAUUUGUCGGCAAAGUUGCUUGAGCUCGAGCAGUUUACAAAGUCUGUUGACAAGUUGAGACAAAAUAAGGAUUACGUCGAAGCAGCUAAAGUUUUAAACAAGAUAAUUGUUUUGCUGAACGAUGACGAGUCUCAUGGUGAUUUACAGAUGCUCAAUAUUUACUCAGCACUUAAGGAAAACUAUCUGCUGACAUACAGAUCUCUUUUGACUGCCGUACUGAAAAUUUGGAGCGAGCACGUUAUUUGGACAGCCAGCAAUGAUGAUGAGACAUCCAAAGACUCAAAGACCAGUACCAGCAGCAGCAUAAGUUUGACAAUCGAUUGCGAUCCUCAGGAAAUAAGAAAUAUUAUCCAAGCUCUCCACUAUUUGUCAGAACUUCCUGCCUCUCUUGAGCACUUUGCUACAAAAUUAAUGAAGUUUAUCAUCAGCCCGAUUAUACGUUCCGAGUGCUCGGUCUUUGUUGACGAAGAAAAAGUAUUCAAUGUCGUGGUCUCGAGUGAAAAAAAAGAAUUGCCAACGUAUAAAUUUAUUUUGUAUAAUUUAAAAAUGCUGUUUCAAUUUAUUUACCAGCAUCUGAAUGUUGAUAUCGAUGGUAAAACAUUUAUAAACCGUCUCAGUGAACAUUUGUGGGCACAAUUGUCUGAUUAUUUAUUGAAUAAUUGUAUAAAUGACAUUAUCCCAAGUUCAAGUGUUGAACUGAGUAAUUUUAAGAGCGUGGAAGAAGAUAUUCAUGAAUUUGAAGAGUAUUUGGGAGAAAUAGGAUUUAUCAGCAAAGAUCAAUUGGUCAUUUCAAAUUAUAUUAAAGAUAUUGAUAAACUGUACAUUGAUAAAAUAUCACAAGAGUUUUUGGUGAAAGCAAGCCAGCUUGUAAAGAAAAAUUUACAUGAUUCAUUUAAAUAUGAGGACAAUUUUAGUGAAGAAGAAAAAUCAAAUGAUAAAUAUCAUGCUCACGUAAAUAAUUGUACACUUAUAAAUGCUAAAGUUGAGCGUAAUUUGAGUAAAAAUACAUUCCGGUUACCGUCCUGUCAAAUAAGUAACAGCGCCAAAGAGUUGAUGCUACUGGUCCGUGAUAUUCUUGAUGAAGCGGUACUCAAUUCUGAUAAUUCAACUGCUGCAGCUGCUAAAUUAUAUUACACUAGUCGUAAUGUUAUUGAGCAUUACGUUUGGACGGUGCCAGAGUAUCAUAAAAAAUUUUUGGAAACAAUUCCUCAACAAGUUGCGUUAUUUCACAACAACUGUAUGUAUCUUGCCCACAAUUUAAUGACCCUCGGGCAUGAGUACAGAGAAAAAUUACCAAAAUUACAGAAACACAAUAUUACAUACGUUGAUUUAUCAUUAAAAUUACGUAAUAUUGGCGCCCAAACAUUUUUGAAUCACGUUAAAUAUCAACGGACAAUUAUAACAGACAUAAUUAAAGAUUCAGGAUUGUCACAACUCGCUCAAAAUCAAUUGCCCUCGUCAUCGGGAGUCGAACGUGCACUGAGACAGUGCAUUAGACAAUUAGAGUUAUUGAAAACAGUUUGGUUUAAUGUAUUGCCGAUAAAUGUAUAUCACAAGACACUUGGCUGCAUAUUAAACUCAAUGAUCGAGGAUAUAAUAUUCAAAGUUACUAUAUUGGAAGAUAUAUCCGCUGACGCAGCUACUGAACUCGUAAAUCUCUUUAACAUGGUUGUCAAAAGAGCUCCGUUAAUAUUUUCGGAAGAAAAUUCGGUAAACCGUUACGUGAACAAGUGGCAAAAAAUGCUGGAACUUAUUAAAGUACUGGAGGCCUCGUUGAAGGACAUUGAGCAACGCUGGGCAGACGGCAAAGGUCCUCUAGCGCGGGAAUUUACCGCGAGUCAAGUAAAACAACUUGUAAGAGCGCUCUUUCAAAAUACCGAGCGCAGAUCUGCAUUGCUUGCUACUAUCAAAUAA